AUCUUUUCCCAUUGAUCAUACCCCCUAAAAUAUUGAUGAUUCGUAGCUCAACUGCAACUGCUCCCUUUGUCACGUUUGUGGCAAGUUUGCUUGUCAUUCUGGUAAAACGUGCUACUACUAGUACUAGUACUAGUAUUUCCCUCAGUCGCCCGUAGCGGGCCACAGCAAACUGAGAGACCCCAUCACUCACCUAGCUACUACUAGUACUACACCUCCAAACUGUCCAUCAACUGCAGACCAGGGUUGCAGAUCAAGCAGAACGCACCCUGAUAACCCGCGGCUAGGGCUAAGAAUUUGUUACGAGCCGUCAAAGACACUUCAGGUCACCCAACCCCAAGGAAAGACUGCUACAGUAACACGCUACCGCAAUGGCACAAGCGACGGGCAAUCCAUUCGGACUGACGGCGAAUCAUGAGAAGAUCGUCAGUGACUUCUUUGCGUUUGCGCGACUGAAGCGAACGGAGCGCCUGCUGGGUGUUGAUGGUACCGUGGAUGAUGUGAGAGACAGCAGUGUGUCCGAGGACGGUACAUACAGCGGCACGGAGAUGCUUGCAUUGCUGGACGGCCUGAAGGACACGCUGCACAGCAGUGUGGAGUCGGAGCUGAUCGACAGCGACUACACACAGGUUCUGCUGCUGUGUCAGCUCUUUCGCAAAGCACAGGAGUGGAAGCUGACGCUGGAAGCCGACAUCACCACUCUGGAGGACAGGCAAUUGCUUGAGGACGUUGCCAAGUUUGAGCGAGGUGAACUUCCCAACUCCAGGCUGCAAAAGAAACUGGACCCCAUUGAAGACCCUGGAGCCUUCAUGCGAAUGGAAAUUGAUCGGCUAAAGGAGGAGAACAAGCUAUUGCACCGCCAGCUGGAUGCAAAAUCAGAGGAGGCAACAUCUGCUUCGAAAGAAAAGCAAAGUCUUGCGACAACCCUUGACAGUACGAAGCAAGCCCUGGACAAAGCCACCGAGGAGAAACAAAGUGCCAGUGCAAACAAGGACGAUGUUCAGUCUCAGCUGGAUCAGACUAAAGCACAGCUUGACAAGCUCAAGGAAAGCAAGCCAGCUGCAGCAGCAGCAUCGGGAGAUACGGAGGAGAAACUGGCAGCAUCUUUACGUGAAAUUCUGUCGCUACAGGACGAGCUGAAAACAGCCAAAGAGGACGUGAGCAAGAAGUUCAAUGAAACAAGCGCUUACAAGAAUAUGAUGAAGAUGAUGGGUAGCAAGAACGAGCAGCUCCGAGAAAUGAGAACAAAGCUGGCAAACUACGAAGAGGAAGGAAAGUGAGCUAGUCAGACAACCUUGUCUGCCAGGAAAUUGAGAUUGAUUCGUAUCCUGGCCAAAGCACACACUGGCGCAGUGAACUGGAUACUACGUUUAAGUAUGGUCGUAACGAAUUUAUCACAACCGAGUUACCACGCCGGGUCUUGCCAUCAACACCCGUCAUCUCGUCUUGCCACGCAGCCUCACAUCGGGUGGGAACAGAGCUUCUUCCCACCCUGAUUAGCUGAACUGGACUUGCACUAGUGGCUAUCUUGCCAUGACCGGUCUUUGAUGAAUAUUUGACUUGUCUUUCUUGUAUUCUUUUAAAGGGUUUUGCAAAUUCCAGGCGUCCUAUCGAGCAGUUCUGGGAUAUGACAGACAGUAGAGGCAGCAAGUUUCGAGAAAUGCAGGACUUGUUAUUGUGAUGGCAUUGCGAACCGUUAUGGACCAUUAGAAAUAGUUUAUCAUUGCGAACUUCUGAAAUUAUACUAUCUGCUUUUUUACGAGUUUGUUUUAAAAGUACAUGUACUAGAAUGACACAGCCGCCAAGCAUGUACUUGCGGCUUUGUGCUGAGUUAUGUGCAAUCCACUAUCAUGAUGCCUUGGCAAUUCUGCCAAAGAAUCUGGCAAGCUGUGGCAUAGGAGUAUAUGGCGUACACAUGGCAUGUUUUCGUUAGUCUCAGAGCAGUGUGCUUACAUGUCAUGUAACUGGAGUGUAGCUGUGA